CCAUGGCAUCCCUCAAUCUGUCCUCCAACGGCCCCUCGAUAUCAAAGAGCUACCAAACAGUAGUGAACGCACCGCCCCCAUCCGCCAGUGGACAAUCCCCAACUGUGGCUCAAUGGGCCGUGUUUUCGGUCUCAACCCCGCUCGUCAGUGCGUUUCAGCAGGAUGCAGGCAAGGAGAGCGUCCUCAAGGUGCAGAGCUCGGGAGAGGGUGAAUUGGUCGAUCUGAUUGAAGAAUUCUCCGAGGGACGAGUGCAAUUCGCAUAUGUGAAGGUAACGGAUCCCAACACCGGUCUUCCCAAGAACGUCCUCAUCGGCUGGUGUGGAGAGGGAGUGCCCGAACGAACCAAGGGGUACUUUACCAGCCAUCUCGCCACCGUGUCCAAGUUCCUUCAUGGGUAUCAUGUGCAAGUGACCGCCCGCGCAGACGGGGACCUGACCCCAGAGGGAAUCAUCCAGCGAGUGGCCGAUUCCUCCGGAUCCAAGUAUUCCGCCGGUGAGGCAUCGGCACCAGCGCCCGCCCCUCGACCCGCAGUGGCCAGCAAACCGGCCUUUACACCCACUCGAUCGGGCGGCCUCCCACUCAGCCCCAGUGCGCGGGUGCAGCCCGCCCCGAGAGCGAAUGUGGAUAAUGACGGAUGGGGAGACGAUGCCCCUCCAGUGACGCGCACACAGCUGGAAAAGGUCCAACCCGCCUACCAGCCGACCAAAGUGAAUCUGCAAGAAUUGAAAUCGAACCCCACCGCGACCCGGCAGUCCGCUGCUGCUUCGAAUGAUUCGCCAGAUGUGGUUCGUGGAGGGUACCAGCCCAUCGGAAAGGUAGACAUUGCUGCGAUUCGGAGGCAGGCCGCCGAGUCAGGUCAGCUGAAGGACGAGCGACCCUCCACAGUGAAAGGGUCGUACGAGCCGGUGGGCAAGGUGGACAUUGCUGCUAUUCGCGCAAGAGCACAGAAGCCAGAGGGGGCCGCUAACGUCUCGAGCCCUGCGGUGAAUGAGCCUGAGCCGGCGACCACGUUGCCAGAACGACCGGCACCCGCGGUGGCCUCCGGGCGCCUGACCGAUCUCCCAAAGCCCAAGGUCGCCAACAAGUUCGGCGGAGGUCCCUCCUUCCCGGGCACGAAGCCCCCUCUCCCCGUGGGUCUGGGCUCCAAACCCUCGUCAAACGCACAGAUUGGCGCCGCGAGCCGGACUUUUGCGGACGAGGGUGGAAAGACCCCUGCUCAAAUCUGGGCCGAACGUAAGGCCAAAGAGCGCGGCGCGGCACCCCCAGGCGCUGCGGAGCCCGCCCCGGCUCCCAUCCAAAGCCAGCCCAGUGGCCAAGGGGAGUGGAAGAGCUCUUAUGCGGGCAAGUCGUGGGCUACUGUCCAGACUGCGCAUGAGCGAUCGCAAUUGCCCGAGCCUGAAGUGGAUGCUCGAGCCACUGACCCUGCUGGGGAACAACCGCAGCCUCGUGUGAGGGACGUUCAGGAGCAUUUCACCCAGGAAGCAUCCGCUCCUCCCGCUCCUCCCGCUCCUGUCGCCCCUCCCAUUCCCCAGGCCAGUCGUCCAGUGCCCCUCCCCGGCCUCUCCCCUGCCCCCGAGCCCGAGUCUGAGCCUGAGCAUGACGCCCAGCAGGUGCUUCCCCCGCCACCCCCACAGCCGCGCUCCCCCACCCCACCGAGCCCUGUGCGUGACAGCUCGCCCAUCCGGAUUGCUAUGCCCGUGGGCCAAAGUGCCCCGGAGGCAACCGAGGUCGCGGAUGCUCAUGAGGAACAACACUCUCCCCCUCCGGCCAUGCCCGUGCGGAGUCUACAGGAGGCCGUUCCCGACGAGCGGGACCUGGAAGAUGAUUCCCACGAUCUGGGCCGUGCCGCGGCCGAAGCCACUGCUCCAGAACCUGAGCAGACCCAGGGUGGACCCCGAGCCCAGAUCCAGUACGACUAUGAGAAAGCCGAGGAUAACGAAAUUGAGCUUCGCGAAGGCGAUUACGUGACCGACAUUGAAAUGGUCGAUGAGGAUUGGUGGGUGGGUGUCAACUCGCGAGGCGAGCGUGGUCUCUUCCCCGCCAACUACGUGGAAGUUAUCGACGAUGGAGCUGCCCCUGCCCCUGCACCCGCUCACCAUGAGCCCGAGCCUGAGCCCGAGCCUAUCCCUACACCCGCCCCGGCUCCUGUCCCUGCUGCCGUCCCCCCACCUCCUGCCCCUGCCGCGGCGCCUGCUGCUGCGGCUCCUGCUUCCAAGGGUCGCACUGCCACUGCAUUGUACGAUUACGAAGCUGCCGAGGAUAACGAGAUUGGAUUCCCAGAAAAUGCUAAAAUUUCCAACGUGGAAUUCCCCGAUGAUGACUGGUGGCUGGGUGAAUACAAUGGCCGCCAGGGACUCUUCCCUGCCAACUAUGUGCAACUGGACUAA